ACUUGGUCUAUAAAUCUGUUCAUUAAUGUUACCCAAAACCUUUAUUUUUUGUGCUGUGACAUAUUUGUCGUCUGUAUGCUAUGCUGAAGGACCACAAUGGGACAUUUAUGAUUUGCUUGAUGUUCUUGGACUAAAAAGUUUUAACGGAUUAUUGGAAGCCACUGGAUUCAUGUACGAACUGUCGGAUAACUCGUCUGGUCCAUUCACGGUCUAUGUGCCAAACGAGGACGCCUUCAGCAAUCUUCCGCCUUCAGUAGUGAAGAAGCUCCAAAAUGACGGAAACUGGCAACUGUUACAUGACAUCACUUCCUAUCAUAUUACACGAGGGAAUCUUUCUUUUGCCAACUGGACCAACAACAGGUUGAUACCAACUUUGGAAGAGGGUUCUUCAAUACGUUUGAAUAUCUACAAUAAUAAAUCAGGGGAGCCAUCUUUGAUGUCAGCUUCCGGUGCCACCUUGAUCAAGGCAGACCAAGUAGCUACAAACGGCAUCGUCCAAGUCAUAGACAAAGUACUCUAUAACCUCCCCAUCGAUCUGGGAUCAGAUUACAUCCAGGAAAAUAGUAGAAUGAGAAAACUAGCCAUGCUCUUGAAGAUCAGUGGCUAUCAGGAUAAGUUAGACAGACAGAACGUGACCCUUUUUCUUCCCUCAGACAGAGCAUUUGUUGAAACAGGACUGAACUUUACAAAGAUCCUCACAAAUGUAACAUUUAUAGAAGCACUUUUUAGGAAUCACACAGUGAAUAAUACAGUGUACACAAAUGGCAUGCGAAUUCUUGAUGGGGGAUUCAUUAAAAACAGUGUUGGAUCACAGAUCAAUAUCAAAGUUAAUCAAGGUGUUUACGUAAAUGGAGUUAAGAUUGCCGAGGAAGACAUACCGUUGAGGAAUGGCGUGGUGCAUAUUGUAAAUAAAUUAUUGUUUCCUGUUCGAGUCCAAAAAUAG